AUGUCGCUGUCACCAAACCCGCGCGUAGUAAUCCCAGCCAGCACGUCCUCCCUACCGCCACCCCCAGAUGAACAAGAAGAAGAAGAAGUUGUACUCCCGCAAAAGGAUGAAAAGCACGAUCCUGGAUUGUCCCUCGUCGCAAUUCGACAGGGGAGUGCGUAUCACCGACACGGUGUUUUUGCAACAGCUGCGAUUCCAGCGCGCGGUGUAGUCUUCGCUGAAAGGCCCGCUAUCGUCGUCGAAAUUUGGGAUGGUCCGUCGUCAUCAGCAGCCGAAAACACGGAGCAGGAAGUAGACCGAGGUGAAGAUGAAGUGAAGUUGCAGCGACGCAGACGAUCGGAGUUGCAAAUUCUAGACGAGAAGUGGAACAGUUUGCCCGCAAAGACACAGGAACAGCUCGAUUGCCUCUUCGGAAAUGAUACUGACUCCGGUAUUUCGACGAACAUGGUAGCACCACGUCCAGCAGAAGCUAGCAGCGGCAGCUCCAGCGACUUGAGAACGGAUUUACGGCAGAAACGGCGAGCAGAUAUCUUCACAACGAAUUCGGCACGACUGACAAAUUCAAUGGACAUGAACAGCAACUGCCACCGGGCCGGACUGUUCGCGUUUUAUUCCCGCACGAACCACAGCUGUGUUCCGAAUUGUGCCUAUCGGAUACGGUACGACAGAAUUAACGAGGCUGAUCGUGGUGAGAUGGGAAGCAGGAGUGACGUUGCCACAACAGAAGAUCAAGAAAGCCACACUCAACUAGAGAUGAUAGCCCUGCGUGACAUCAACCCGGGUGACGAAAUCGUGCACCACUACGCGGCAAACCUAAGCUCGGAUUUCCACUUUCUCAGUCGCAAACAGCGACGAGAGAUGCUUUUUGCAGAGAACGGCUUCUGGUGUGAUUGCCCCGCUUGUGGUGCUGCAUCGGAAAUAACAGCUGCAAGUGAUGGGGUUCGGGCGAGGUUAGGUGAAACGGAAAGCAGAGUUCGCGAGUUGCUUUUCGACCUCCUCUCGCAACCGCAAGCCGCGACUGCUUCUGCUUGCGACCAUGAUGCGCCCGACAAUAAUAUCAUAGACGCAUCUUCAAGAAAGCGACGACGCACGGAUAGUUGUGACGAGGCCUGUUCUUCUAUGGUAGAGCAAAACGACAUCAGCAAAAGCAUCUCGUGCAGCACGCUACCAGGAUCUUCUUUGAUAAUUGACCGGACGAAUAUCGAGGGAGAUGUGAAAAGCAGCCUGCUCCGCGAAUUGCGGGAGACCGUGCACAGCCUGAGGGAGAAGUACAGGAUAUUGGGGCUAGACGUGCUGUGCAGCCUGAAGCUGCUUGACCUGGAAUUGAUGGCUCUCGCACUGGAAUUUGUCGUCCUGGAGGUGGCUAAGGCUAGCUCAUCACAAAUAUCGGAGACCACUAUUGACGAUCGUGCCCGUGUCCGUGAAGAAUGCCUCGUCGAAGAUCAAGAGGAAAGUGCCGAGGCUGCCCUUCGGAAAAAAUUGAAACAGCUGAUCUGUGCCGGAGAAGAUGCAGGCGCCAGUGAGGAGUUUCUCGCCGAGUAUCGACACCUGCUCUCUGUGAUAGAAGACGAUGAAAACUAUCGCUGUCGAAUUCAGUUGAAGCGAAGAAAGUAUUCUCGCAGUCCUUGGGAAAAGUGGCUAAUGGCACACUUCCAGGGAGAAAGUUACGCUUGCGACUAAGUUUGACAUAUGAUUUGAAGAUAGAUCCCCCCUGCCCUUUACUAUCCAGCAGUGACCAGUUUCCCGGAGCCCUACUCACACAACGACAAAAAAUGUUGAUUGAAAAAAGUCCUUGCCCUGGUAUUACCACGAUGGAGUUAUGGGCGGACGCUGCACUUGCGAAAAAACGAACGACAAUUUAAUGAAUCUAGUAUAUCAACAUGUUGCACUUUCGGACGAAACUCGAAAGCAACCCACACGGAGGAUGCAUAUCAGG